AUGGCUCCUUCAGAGAAGAAGGUAUUCACCCUAGAGGGAAAGGGGUUGAAGCUUGAUACCGCGGAAGACCUUGACGCCCAUAUCAAGGAGCUGCGCGAGAUGGAGGAUGUCGAGGAAGUCAGGAUCUUGGGAAAUACUCUGGGUAUCGGAGCCUGCAAACUUCUCGGUGAGGUCUUGUCUACGAAAAAGAACCUGAAGAUCGCAAACUUUGCCGAUAUCUUCACGGGCCGUCUCCUGAACGAAAUCCCCGAAGCGCUAUCCAGCCUCCUCACAUCCAUCCUCAACCACCCCAAUCUGCAUACCAUCGACCUUAGCGAUAAUGCCUUCGGCAUCAACACCCACGCGCCUCUCGUCGCUUUCCUCGCCGCGCACGUUCCUCUCCAACAUCUCUACCUCAAUAACAACGGCCUGGGUCCUCACUGCGGUAUCCUUAUUGCCGAUUCACUGUCUGAGCUCCACAAGAAGAAGGAGGAGGCCAGGAAGGCUGGCCAGGAGGUCCCCGAUCUCGAAACUGUCAUCUGCGGCCGCAACCGUCUCGAGAAUGGGUCUAUGACUGCCUGGGCUAAGGCCUUCAGCCUACAUAAUAAGGUAAAGUUGGUUAAGAUGGUGCAGAACGGCAUCCGACCGGAAGGCAUAUCCCACCUUCUCUCGGAAGGUCUCAACAAGGCCGCCGAACUCGAAGUCCUCAACCUUCAAGACAACACUUUCACACUCAGCGGCGCCAAGGCACUCGCCAAGGCAAUCCCCGGAUGGGUGGAGCUGAAGGAGCUCGGUGUCGGCGACUGCCUUCUCACCGGCAAGGGCGGUAUUUUGUUAAGCAAGGCGCUUGCCAAGGGACAGAACAAGAAGCUGGAGACUCUACGUCUCCAGUACAACGAUAUUACCACGCACGGCGUUAAGAGCCUCUCUGAGGCCGCCGAUGAAUUCCUACCUGCCCUCAAGAGGCUCGAACUUAACGGAAAUAAAUUCGCCGAGGAGGAUCCCGCUAUUAUUCUACUGAGGGAGCUUCUCGAUGAUCGCAAGGAGAAGUUUGGUGGAGAUAUUAUUCUAGAGGAUGACUGGGGUCUAGACGAGCUCGACGAGCUUGAUGACGAGUCCGAGGAAGAGGAGGAGGAGGAGGAGGAGGAGGAAGUCGAGCCGGAGGAGCUUGCCGAGAAGCUCAUCAAGGAGGCCGAGGAGGCGCAGGAAGAACCGACGGUGCAAGUCAAGGACAAGGAGGUAGACAAGCUUGCGGAGAAGUUGGAGAAGACUUCCAUCUAA